AUUUAAAACAAACAGUUGCAUUUAAGCCUAGUCGUAAAGUGGAAAUGUAAGAGUUCUAGUAAAUAUAACUAAAUAAUCACAAUGGCUAGAAAAAUAUUUGCAAACUUAGCAACUCUUGGAGUAAUUGUGUUAUCAAUUUGUACAGUAAAAUGCAAAAGUUUAAAUUCCAAUGAAGCUCAAGCUAAAAGUUUUCUUAAAGAAACAAGUGAUAAAAUGUUUACAUUUUUCGAUGAAUUAGUUAAUAAGGAAAAUUACUAUGAAAUCGAUAUUUAUCUCAAUCAAUACAAAACUAAUCGAAAUUACAUAAAAUUUGUGAAUAAAAUUGUCGAAGAUGCUAGAACUUUUGACUUUGAAAACUUUGAAGACACAGAGCUAAAGUAUGCAUUUGAAAUAUUGAUACAAUUAGCUGAUGAGAAUAUUAUCGGAGUGAAUCGUCAAUCAAGGAUAUUUGAGUCAUUGAAAGGAUUAGAUUAUUUAACGAGUUAUGAAGAAAUUUUAAAAUAUCAAAAUACAAAAGAGAAACUACCAUAUUCGCCUGAUGUUUUGAAAAUAAUUGAAAAAUCUAUGGACGAAAAGGAACUGCAACAUUAUUGGACUGCAUGGAGAAAAUUAACUGGAGAAUGGGCAAACGAUAAUCUAAAUUUUACAAUCGAGGGAUUAAAAGAUGCUGCUAACAUGAGUGACUUGUCUGCUGUGAAAUUUUGGUCAAGAGGAUUCAACAUCACUGAUAUGGAGGAUUUGAUGUGGGAAAUUCAACCUCUUUACAAAGAACUUCAUGCUUUGAUUCGGAAUUUAUUGCGAAAUAGAUUCGGUGCACCUGUAAUCGGAUCUAAUGGUUUAAUUCCUGAUCAUUUGUUUGAGCAAAUUAAACAUCAAAUUAUGACAAACGAUAGUUUGAUUGAAGAAUUGUACCAUUUCGAAGAUUUACCUUCGACCGAUCAAAUGAUAGAUGAAAGCUUUAAUGCCAAUGAAUUUUACAAAAUUGCAAAUAGGUUUUUUAGAAAAUUGGGAUUCAAAAAAUAUCCAUCAAAAUUGUGGGGAGAUCGAAUAAAAUUGUUUAAAAUUGAAGAUGAGUAUGCGGAAAAAGACGAUGGUGAAGUUGAUGAAUAUGAUGAUGAAGGUGCUGAAAAUUGUCGUACCAGAGUCAAUUAUAGAACUCCUAAUGUGUAUUUGGAGUAUUGUCCUGGCAAAAACCUUUCAAAUUUUUUUGAUUCGUUCAUUAAUUUGGGAUAUUUAUACUAUGCCAAGGAAAUGAAAGGUCUGCCAGCAUAUUACUUCAAGGCCCCACAAAGUUUGGAUUAUGCAAUUGGAAAAGCUAUGAUUCUUUCGGCAUCAACUCAUCAGUUUUUGAAUGAUAAUGGUUUACUUUUUGAUCUUUAUUCAACAAAAAAGAUUGAAAUGAAUAGACUUUUAAGAAUGGGAUUGCGUCAUCUAUUAUAUCUUCCAUUGGAUUUCAUUCAUACUAAACUUAUGGCUGAUUUAUUGUCUGACAAAGUUAAACUGGAAGACAUUAAUAAUUAUUAUUGGGAUCUUAUGAGUGAAUAUGCAGGUAUAAAGAAACCAAACGGACACGAAACUGAUAAUUAUGAUUUGCCCUAUAAUUUUUACAAACAAAUGAAUUCGAAUCAAAUGGGACGAGAAUUUACAACUGAAAUUUUGAGUUUUCAAAUUCAGAAAAAAUUAUGCGAACUUAGUGGAAAAUAUCCCGAUGAACCUUUGCAUGAAUGUAACAUAGCUGAAAAUAAAGAUGCUGGAGAUGCCUUAAAAGAAAUGAUGCAACUAGGAAGUGCAAAACCAUUUUAUGAGGUUCUUGAAGCUAUGUUUCCUGAAAAUCCAAAAGUUAGUUCUGAAGGAUUUUUGGAAUAUUUUAAACCUCUUCAAAUUAUGCUUCGUAAGAAGAAUAAAAAGUCAAACUUAAAGUCUGGUUGGAGUUCCAGUGUAGCAUAUUAAGACAAUUAACUCUGCGCUGAAUGAUGAGUUUCCAAUAAAAAUUGAUUUAAACUUAAAAUAUUGUUAUUUUUGAAAAAUAUUUAGAAAAAAAAAAUUUGAAAAUCGCUUA